CAUGGACGUGAUGAAUGUCACCUUUGUGCCAAAUGGCUCAAGCAUGCUGAUGCCUACUGCAAGACAAUUCUGUGAUGCCUACUGCAGGGCAGUUCUGACAACAGCCUAUAGUGUGGUUUUAUUUGGAGGCACCGCUGGAGCAGUUAUGAUGUCCCACAUGAUGCUGAAAAGAAAUAGCCAAUCAGCAAUUGCCACGAUCAUCAUUAAUAUCAUUGUCCUUCACUGCCUCCUCCUGAUCAGCCUGCCGCUCCGUCUCAGCUACUAUCUCUCCACAGUCUGGAAGCUUGGGUCUUUUACCUGCCGAGUGGUUAGUGGUGUCAUCUAUGGCCACAUGUACCUUACCUUUGUUUUCUAUGUGGCCAUUGUAAUACUUCGGUUGCUCGCCUAUUUUAAGAGACUCCAAAUGCAACAGUUACAGAAGUUCCAUGCUGUGGCUCUGAGUGCUAUUAUUUGGAUGGCAGGAAGCCUCAUCUUCUUGCCGAUAUUUUUCUUACAGUAUGGCACUGAUCCAAUUUACACAGACCAACAACGAUGCUUUGAGUUUUAUAGAUCUCUCAACUGCAGGGAAAUCAUCAUUAUAAACUACUCUAUAAUUGUCAUUAUGAUGACAACAGUUCUGGUCCUCUUUCUGCUACAGCUGUCUGUCAUUCUUCAUUUGAUAAAAGCCUAUUGGCCUGAUAUGUGGGCCCAUCAAGAGUACAGAGCCCAAAUCAAGAGUUUCUUCUUCCUGGUAGUUAUAGUUCUCUGCUUUAUACCCCACCAUGCAUUCAGGGUGUACUUCAUUCAAAAUUAUCCAGAACAAGAAAACUCUAAGCUAAUACUUUGCAAUGAAAUCUGUCUGGCUUUAACGGCCUUCUGCUGCCUGGAUAUGUUAUGUUUCAUAGGUGGUGUCAUCCACUAGACUUUCCCAUGUUUGUGUGUGUGACUGGUUUAUAGAACGUCAGGGUUAAAAACAUUUCUACUGAAUAGAUGAAGUGCUGUUAAUCAUCUUUAAACUUCAAGCUCUCUGCUCCUGAAUAGAAAACGGAUUUCACUUAGUCAAAAUUGUUUUCCUACACAAACUUAAUUGACCCUAGUCAUCUGGUUUUCCUUUGCAAAUGCUUACAGGUUCCAAAGGUGUCCCCAGAAUAUGUUUUACUUCUUAGCCUUAUAGCAAGCAAGCACACCAUGCCCUUCUUUUUCCAUUCCAU